UUUCAGCACCUCCCGACAGACUCUCAUGUGGAUCCCAGACUCCUUCUUCUCGAGUUUCUCUGCUGCUGGGAAGAUGUUGCAAAAACUAGUCGUGUUCCACCUAUACGUGAGUUAUAUCUAUGAAAUGCAACGUAAACACUGUUCUAGCCGGCUUUAAAUUGUCUUAACAUGUGACAAAGUACAGUGCGCAGCAAAGAAAUGUGUCGCAAUGCUUUUGUCAACGAAUAUUUCUCACCAAGAUGACACAAGACGGCUGGCGAAGACCUACAUGGAGCUCCUUCACUCACUUCAACAUAGUUCCUUUGCACCAAGAUGGCGAAAGAGCACCACAUGAAGCGCCACAGCUCACUUCAACAUAAUUCUAUAGCACAAAGAUGCCAAAAGAUGGUGGUAAAGCGCUACAUGAAGCUCUUCAUCUCAUUUCAACAUAGUCUUGGCACUAAGAUGUGCCAACAGAAGAUUGGGCAAAAACAGCAAAUAAUAAUUAGUAUUUUUUUUGUGUGUGCAAAUUUAAGAAUGCCAGACUGCGAAUUCGCGUUAGUUCAUUGUAAUAGAAAUUGAAAAAUAAUUAAUCCCUGAGUCAUACUGUGGCCAUCAUAAAGCUUCAGACAUUUUGCGGGAAAAUGCUGAAUUCCUAAUUGUGUGGCGUUUUAUUUUGGAGGUUCUGUGGUACACUUGGUGGGGGGACAACAACAACAUGACAUCAUUGAACUUUUAAAUGUUUGGCAUAGUUGUACCAUCUUAUAUCUCCGCCCAGAUGGAAGUAAACUGCAGUGGAAGAAUUCCACACAAGGAGUGAAUAGAAAAUUCUUUUGCAUACCUAUUUGCCAGCAGUGUUGAACAGGUUACAUUUUAAAUGUUCAUGACCGUACUGUUACCAAUGUUGCAGAUAUUUGUAAACGCGCAGGUGCUUGUAAAUGGAUUCAUGCUUGUGUUAAUGCUGCGUUUGUGUGUGUGUUGCAGUCUGCUCAGUGGAAGAAUAUCCACUCUUCGGGAUGAAACUGGAGCUAUAUUUAUUGACAGAGACCCCACAGCUUUUGCACCAAUUUUAAAUUUCCUCCGAACCAAAGAACUUGACCUGCGUGGCGUCAACAUCAGCGUUCUGCGGCAUGAAGCUGAAUUUUAUGGCAUAACCCCCUUAGUGCGGCGCCUCCUGCUGUGUGAAGAAUUGGACCGCUCGUCAUGUGGCAGCGUUCUCUUCCAUGGUUAUCUCCCGCCUCCAGCCAUAGCUGGCCGGAAGUCAAGCCCCGCCUCCUCCUGUGACGAGCGACCGGGUUCCAGUGGAGCGGAGGGGUUCAGCUAUGUCGGCGGCCCUCCUCACCCUCCUUUCCCCGGCUCACCUGGAUUGGAUGAAGCUCAUAAACUUGGACCGAACCCUCGUAAGGUGCUGAUCAUAGCAGGACACCACAACUGGAUUGUAGCGGCGUACGCACACUUUGUCAUCUGCUACAGGAUUAAGGAAUCUACCGGAUGGCAACAAGUGUUCUCCUCUCCCUGCCUUGACUGGACCAUUGAACGCAUCGCACUGAACGCCAAGGUGGUGGGCGGCCCGCACGGAGACAAGGACAAGAUGGUGGCCGCCGCCUCGGAGAGCAGCAUCGUCCUCUGGAGCAUCCAAGAUGGAGGCAGCGGCAAUGAGAUAGGCGUGUUCAGCCUCGGUGUGCCUGUGGACGAUCUCUUCUUCAUCGGAAACCAACUGGUGGCUACGAGCCACACUGGGAAGGUCGGAGUAUGGAAUGCUGUAACGCAGCACUGGCAGGUUCAAGAUGUUGUUCCCAUCACCAGCUGCGACACAGCUGGAUCCUUCUUGUUACUGGGCUGCAACAAUGGCUCCAUCUACUAUAUUGACAUGCAAAAGUUUCCACUGAGAAUGAAAGACAACGACCUCCUGGUGACAGAGCUUUAUCACGAUCCGUCAAAUGACGCCAUCACCGCAUUGUCUGUCUACCUCACGCCAAAAACCAGUGUGAGCGGGAACUGGCUCGAGAUCGCCUAUGGGACCAGCAGUGGCGCAGUGAGAGUCAUCGUGCAGCACCCAGAGACGGUCGGCUCGGGCCCUCAGCUCUUCCAGACGUUCACUGUGCACAGGAGCCCCGUGACCAAGAUCAUGCUGUCCGAGAAACACCUGGUCUCAGUGUGCGCCGAUAACAACCACGUGCGCACAUGGACGGUGACGCGCUUCCGAGGGAUGAUUUCCACCCAGCCGGGCUCCACACCCUUGGCGUCCUUCAAAAUACUCUCCUUGGAGGAAACAGAGAGCCACGGCAGCUACUCUUCUGGGAACGACAUCGGUCCGUUUGGAGAGCGAGAUGAUCAGCAGGUGUUCAUCCAGAAGGUCGUCCCCAUCACCAACAAGGUCUUUGUGAGGCUCUCGUCCACUGGGAAAAGAAUCUGUGAAGUGCAGUCGGUGGACGGCACCACCAUCUCUUGCUUCAUGGUUCGUGAGUGCGAGGGUUCCAGCCGGAUGGGCUCGCGACCUCGCCACUAUUUGUUCACCGGUCACGGCAACGGCAGCAUCCAAUUGUGGGACCUGACCACGGCCAUGGACACCGCCAACAAAGGAGAGGAGAAGAAGAAAGAGGAUGUCGGCGGCCCCACAGAAGAGGAACUUCUACAGCUGUUGGACCAGUGUGACCUGAGCACGUCUCGCUGCGCCACGCCCAACAUUAACCCCGCACCCUCGGUGCUGCAGCACACGCGCCUCAGAGAAUCUUCCUCAAGUGUGCAGUUGCAGGUUCAGGAAGCCAUUCCUGAGAACCGGGUGACCUACGGAGCUGUGCGGCCUUACAGGGAGAGCCCCCUGCUGGCCCGCGCCAGACGAACAGAGUCCUUUCACAGCAACAGAGACUUCCAGAACUUCAGCCUGAGUCGAGGUAUCCUGGACAGCACAGAUGAGAGCCCUAGUCAGCCCGCGCACGCACACCGUUCCCUCUGCGACUUUGGUUCCGAGGAGAGCGAGAGGAGGCUCUCUGCCAUGGAGCUGUGGACCUGCCGCAGCAACGACGUCAACAACGCAAACGCUCUGACCGCUGCUGACAGGACCAAGACCGACAGCGGGAGUCAGGAAUCUCCACGGCAGCCCCCUGACAGCCCGGUCCCCGGAGGAGGCGACGUCAGACGGAAGGCGCACCCGCAGCCCGAGGAGGGGGAAGGCGUGGGGGCGGCUGGAGACUGGGCCAAGGCGGAGGGCGGUGCGAAGAAGAGGGGAGUGCUGGAGGUGGGCUUUCUGGGGAGGAAGCGGGCACCCCCAGUCCCACUGCUCUCCCUUGGAUACGAAGGCGGCGGCAGCGACCCCCCCCCUAACGUCUCUCCUUCCCCCACCAAACUGACUUCCUGCACCUCGCCACGACACAGGAAGCUCACGGCUGAGUCGUCCAAUCAGGACAGCAGCCUGUGACCCGAUUCCUUCCACGGUCCAAAAACUGAGUGUGAAUGAUUGUGUGACUCUGUGAUUGAAUGAUCAGUCCAGCACGUACCUGCCUUCUCAUAUACUAAGGCUGGGAUUACACUGCCUGGAUCAGGUGAUGAAUUGCGGUAAAUUGGAAACUUUCCUUGGGAAUUAAUGACAAUUUAUGGGAAUGAAUCAAGAAUUUAGAAAUUUUAAGGUUACCCGAACUCCAGUUUAUUCCCAUGGUACGUUUCCAAUUUGGAAUUCCCCCAUCUUAAAUUACCAUAGAAAUUUACAAGGGCCAUUCUGGACGUUUUUCACCCAUUUGCAACCCCACACACAACACCCGAUGUCGUUUGAUCUCUGAAGUUAAGCAGGGUCAAGCCUGGUUAGUACUUGGAUGGGAGACCACCUCAGAAUACCAGGUGCUGCCAAUUUAUCUUGCCUGUGUGAGGCAAGCAAGCCCAACUCCGUGCCGGUCCCAAGCCGGGAUAGAUAGGGAGGCUUAAAGUCAUGAAGUUCGACCAUAACCUACACCAAAAAUGCAAAACAGUGACCUCAAAUAGAGAAAAGCUAGGAAGAACGUUCAAGUGGCACAAUUCCAAAGUGGAAUAAUUGAGACAUGCCAUGACAGUGUAAAUAGAAAGACAACAAGAAAUCGGAUAUCUUCGGAUUGGAAUCUGGGAUAUUUGUCAAUGCGACCACAGUGUAAAGGCACAGAUCGGAUAUAGCUCGUCAAUAUGAGCUUGAUGUCAUUGAAAAGCGAAAAUCCGUGAGUAAUUAUAAAAAUCUUAAAAGGUUGAUGAUUUCCUAUAGAUGCCACAAGAUCCGUGUAAACAUAGCCAUAGUGGCUGUGUGAGAGUUGAAAUUCUAGAUGGAAAUAGAAUCAGAUGGCGCCAUUCAAUCGGGAUUGCGCACUUGGCUCUGCGGUGUAAACCCAGCCUGAGUCCACUGGGCUGAACUCCAGCUUUCCUAUGACCCUGAACUGGAUGAAUGGAUGCUAAUGGGAACAGCAACAUAACAAACAAAGUCAAAUGGUACAAGAAACAUUCCCAUUAAAGUGAAUUUAUAAUACAUGCGUACAUAUUUAGAUCAAUGUAAUAUUCUUAAAAGCAUUUUACUGACAGAAAAAAAAAAAGUGACAAGAGUGGUGUCAGUUACAAGACAGUCAAGAUGCACAUCAGUUAUGCACACACGAAGACAAGAUCGUCACAUAGCGAUGAGCUACACGUGUCUGCUGUCUGCAUUCACCGUUUAUUUAUCACUCGUAUUUUCUUUAGCUCCAUUGCAUUGCGAGGCACAUGCAAAGCAUGCGUUAUAUAGAAAAAAAUCAGUUAAAAGCACAUAAAGUGUAAUGUGACACACGAGUUGACAAAACAUUUUAGGGAAAUUGUAUAUUUAAAACGUUUACUACUUUCUAAUACUGAUGCAUUAUUUUAACUAAGCAUUUUUAUGUUUUUCACAGCAGUGCCUGCCUGUGCAAUAUUACACAAAUUAUUUAUAUUUUUGCAGUUCCACAAGGAUUUUACACUACAUCACUAUAAUGUAUGCCUCAUCUUGUGUGUGCCUUAUUCAACCUGUUUUCAUGCUCAUCAGCCUGUUGCUUUACAAGACAACACAGCGUCACGUCACAGAAUGACAUCAGUAUGACUUGAAACAAUCGUUAGUGAUCAAUAUCAAUGGGCAGUGUUGUAAAUAGUCGAUUGCAACUGGAAAGUGUGACAACUCCGACCUAUGGUUUGUUCAAGGUGAAUCUUCACACAAGUUGGCUGCAUGUGAUCCGUAAUGAUGAUGCGUGCAACUUGUAUGUCACACACACGGUGUUUUACGUAAAGCCCUUGCAUCGGACUGGAUAACACGGGGGGAAAAAAGAUGAAAUACGUACAAGUACAUAAAGGAUCGUGUGCAACAUCCUUAGUAACACAAAAUAAAUUGGUGCACUAAAAAAACUGAAUGCCAAUAUGCAAAUGAAAAUAAUCCAAACAAAAUCCAACUAUGAUGGAUUUAUAUCUGUGAUGUUUUGUUGUCCUUGUAUUGUUGAGAAUCAUAGAUAUAUAUAAACUGUAUAUAACGGAUGCUAUUGGACCUGACUGCAUUUGCACUAUGAACACACACACUUUUAUUUUAUAUACGAGUACAUAAUAAAUGUAUCAAUGUAUGAACAUUCAA